GUGGGGGUGUGGAGGGCCAAAUUCAGGAUGUAAGGGACCCUUUUUUACAACCCUCAAUUGUUCAUCUCGUGUCGUUCUGAAACUGCCCUUGGACCUCACCGCUUUGGUUGAUCAGUCAGGGUUUUCUGGGUGCCUCUUUGAGACCACCAUGGAAGGCUUCUGCUGGUGACCACUGGCUCAAGCGGACGUGGCACUGCCAUGCAUCCAUUGCCCUCCAGCGCAGCUUCACCACCAAUCCUCUCCGACCCCCGCGCCACGGAACUGCUACGGCAGAGACAGGAGAGGAACAAUGCUCUUGCCUCAGUCACGCAACCACGAGGAGGGCGAGUUCGUUCAGGGUUCAGCCUGGGCGUGCUUUGGUCUGCUGGUGCUCACCAUUCAUCAAUGGUCCUCGGCCGACAAAGAUCCAAGCAGACCUGGAGGACAAGUCCGCGAGGAGCUCCAGAAGAGAGCACAGAAAGGUCCCGAACCUCCCCGUGCCGUCCGGUUCUCACUUCGGAUCUUCGAGAUGAGUUGCAGAAGCUCUGCGAUGGACACGGAACGGCCGGUGGCUCCAGAAACCUCGAGUACUUUCUCGAACAGAUUAUGUUCCCAGAGGUGAGGAACUCCCAGAGGUCGAUCCUUCGACAGAUUCUGAGGAUACUGUCCGAGAAACAGGAGGCGCAACUGGUGUAUACUGUCUUGGAGGCCAUCCGGACACAUAGCAGCCUGAAGCUAGAAGUGUCCAAUUAUGUAGUCGGCAUAUCAACUUGUGCAAAAGCCAAACAGUGGCAGGAAGCAUUGAAGUUGUUUGAGACCAUGCCGAAGUCAAAAAUUCAGCCAGAUGUCAUUAGCUACAGUGCGGCCAUCAGUGCCUGUGAGAAGGGCGGGCAAUGGCGGCAUGCAUUGAGGUUGUUUCAGGCAAUGCCCAAAGCGACAGUUCAGCCAGAUGUUAUCAGCUACAAUGCAUCCAUCAGAGCCUGUGAGAAGGGCGGGCAAUGGUGGCAAGCAUUGAAGCUGUUGGUGGAUAUGCCUAAGGAAAUAGUUCAUCCGUCAGUCAUCACCUACAGUGCGGCCAUCAGUGCCUGCGAGAAGGGCGGGCAAUGGCAGCAAGCAUUGACCUUGUUUGAGGUCAUGCCAAAGGCAACAGUUCAGCCAAACAUAGUCAGCUACAGUGCGGCCAUCAGUGCAUGUGAGAAGGGUGGGCAGUGGCAGCAAGCCUUGAAACUGUUUGAGGCCAUGCCCAACGCAUCAAUUCAGCCCAACAUAUUCAGCUACAGUGCGGCCAUCAGUGCCUGUGAGAAGGGUCGGGCAAUGGCAGCAAGCCUUGAUCUUGUUUGACGCCAUUUUUGAGGCAAGAGUUCAGCCAUCGGUCAUCAGCUACAGUGCGGCCAUCAGUGCAAUGGAGAAGGGCGGGAAAUGGCAGCACGCUUUGAAGUUGUUUGAUACCAUGCCUAAGGCAAGAGUUCGGCGUGAAGUGAUCAGCUACAAUGCGGCCAUCAGUGCCUGUGAGAAGGGCGGGCAAUGGAAGCAAGCAUUGAAGUUGUUCGAGGCCGUGCCCAAGUCGAAAGGUCAUCCCGAUGUCAUCAGCUAUAGUGCGGCCAUCAGUGCUUGUGAGAAGGCCGGGCAGUGGCAGCAAGUAUUGCAGCUGUUUAAGCUCAUGCCCAGUGCACGAAUUCAGCCAGCGGUCAUCAGCUACAGUGCCGCCAUCAAUGCUUGUGAGAUUGGUGGGCAAUGGCAGCAGGCAUCGACGUUGUUGGAGGCCAUCGGUCAUCGGCUUCUGUGCAGCCAUUUGUGCCUGUGAAAUGGUGGAGCAUUUGCUUCAGGUAAUGACAGCGCAAGUUGGUGCCGCAAAAUCAUCCAAAGUCUGUUUUGCUUUGUUUGAUCACAUUUGGUGGACCUUUGAAUCCGGAUUGGUAUCGAUUGGCUGGCUCAGGGGACGUGACCAGUGAGAUGCGCCCCGUUUGGUCGCACACACCUGACCGGAGCAGCACUGGAGGAGCCAUGCUUUGCCAUGCGCCAUGCUUUGCCCGUUGAUUGGUUCGAACCGUGGGACUGGUUGAAAUAGAGGUGUCGAAGCAUUGACCCUAGUUUCAACCACCCCAGCAUACGUAAAUAUGCCGGACAACCACCCCAGCAUAAGUAAAUAUGCCGGACAUGGAGGCUCCAGGCCAUUAAUUUUGG